ACAAGUCAUUAAGUGCUGAUGUGACAGCUGGAGUGUUGUUCCUGUAUGUGAUAUGGUGGCAUUAAAGGGAGGGCCAAUCUUCAUGAACGCACAGAGCUGAUGUCAAUACGGUAGCUGUGACAGCUUUCACAAUCCUGAGCAGCACCAGCAUGGCCGGCUCAAAAGCUCCAGUUGAACAUGUUCCACACCUGAGGAUGGUGCUUGUUGGGAGAACAGGAGUUGGGAAGAGUGCAUCAGGAAACACCAUCUUAGGAAGAAAAGCUUUUGAAUCUAAAGCUGCCUUUUCUUCAGUGACAGCAGGGUGUCAGAAAAUCACAGAUCAGGUAGACUGUCAGAUCCUGGAUGUUGUUGAUACUCCAGGACUGUUUGACACUGAUAGACCUGAAGACGAGCUGAAGAGAGAGGUUGCCAGAUGCAUCUCCUUUGCUGCUCCUGGUCCUCAUGUGUUCCUGAUCGUGAUCCAGAUUAGCAGAUUCACCAAAGAAGAACAUCCCAAGUUCACAGUACUGGCAAGCCGACUUGAAGGGGAGCUUCAUCUCUCUGCACAACGUAAACAUGCAGACAUGGCUCUGCUUCAGCUGGACGCAGAACAAGCCUUUGACAGCGUCGAGCAGAGCUAG